AUGCCUAUUCUCUCUAGAGGCAGCGACCAUGACUACAGCUUUGCUUCCUGCAAUUCCUUGAACCAUCUGUUCCCCAUUUCGGUGGUUGAGACUCCCUCUGCCAAAGGCGUCCAUUACCAAAGGGCUCGGAGGAUUCACCUCCCGGAUCGGCUUCGGACGGUUGACCUGAAGAGGGAGAUCAUGGUCAACGUUGGUGGCAUCAAGUACCUUUUGCCUUGGAGCACGUUGGAUGAGUUUCCGUCGUCCCGGCUGAGCAAGCUGAAGUUCUGCAGCAGCUACGAGGAGAUCCUCCAGUUGUGCGAUGACUACGACGAAGACACCCAAGAGUUCUUCUUUGACCGGAACCCUGGUGCUUUUGGGAUGAUUGUCAGCUUCCUUGCGGCAGGGAAGCUGAUGCUUCUCCGUGACACCUGUGCCUUGUCCUUCCAGGAGGAGCUGAGAUACUGGGGGAUUGAGGAGUCCAGCUUGGAGAACUGCUGUUUCCGAAAGCUCUUCCAGAAGGCCGAGGAGUUGGCGGAAGCUCACAAAGACAAUGAACUGAGGAGGGAAAAGUUGUCAUCCUGCACCCUGGAGGAGGAGGAGACCAAAUUCAGUCAAUAUAUGAGCAAGCUGAGGGACAUGGUGGAAAACCCUCAGUCUGGCCUUCCGGGUAAAAUCUUUGCUUGCCUCUCUGUCCUCUUUGUGGCAACCACAGCAAUUAGCCUUUGCAUCAGCACCAUGCCAGACUUAAGAGAAGAGGAAGACAGGGGCGAAUGUUCCCAAAAGUGCUAUUACAUCUUCAUCAUAGAGACCAUCUGCGUGGCUUGGUUCUCGCUGGAGUUCUGCCUCCGAUUCAUCCAGGCAAAGAGCAAGUGUCAGUUUUUCAAAGGGCCCCUGAAUGUUAUCGACUUCCUGGCAAUCUCUCCUUAUUAUGCUUCCCUCAUUGUGUUGGAUGAAGACUCCACGGAGAACAACAGCAACAGCAGACCGAGUAGCAACUCGUACCUUGAGAAGGUGAGCUUGGUGCUGCGGGUCUUACGUGCCUUGAGGAUACUGUAUGUCAUGCGCCUUGCUAGGCACUCCUUGGGCUUACAGACGUUGGGCCUCACGGUUCGGAGGUGCGCCCGUGAAUUUGGCCUUCUUUUGCUCUUCUUGUGUGUGGCCGUCACCCUGUUUUCCCCGUUGGUCUACCUUGCGGAAAACGAAUCUGGGAAGGUCCUGGAGUUUACCAGCAUCCCUGCCUCCUAUUGGUGGGCUAUCAUCUCCAUGACAACGGUGGGGUACGGGGAUAUGGUCCCAAGGAGUGUCCCAGGCCAGAUGGUGGCGCUCAGUAGCAUCUUGAGUGGGAUACUAAUUAUGGCUUUUCCAGCCACCUCCAUAUUCCACACCUUCUCCCACUCCUACUCUGAGCUAAGGAGAGAGCAAGAGAGACUGCAGUCCCAGAUAACGAGAGCAAACAACGCCAACACGUCCGGCGAAAGCGACACCUUGAACGAGACCGAGAGCUUCAUUACAGAUGCCACUGGGUCUCCCAUCAAGUAUAUUUACAAAGGAUAA